AUGACAAAUAUAUGUAUACGAUCUGCGCUGAAUGAUUCAAGACUCACUUCAGAGUGCACAAUUCCUCAAACCUCGGCGGUUCUGCAGACAAUAGUUUUUAGGACCGCCGGACCACACCCAACGCGGACCCUCACUCCGUGGAAUAAGAAUGCGUGGAAGACAAUUGACGAGGAUGACCGUGCUCGUGAUGAAGAAUAUGAUCACAAAAAUGGCCGACGGAAUAAAGUGGAAAUGAACGCAAACUGA